AUGACGAUCUGGCUCGGUCCCGUCUACUCCGGGAGUGCGUCCGCAUUGGACUUUAUCCGAGAAGUGGACAACACAUGCAAUGAUGCGGUGGGUGCGUAUGAUUGGGUAGCAGGAGUGCAGUUCUCCGCAGAUGCUGGCGCGUGGACUGGGUACUUCUCUCAACCCAAGGAAGAGAUUCAAUUCGAGACGCUCAUGGCUUUGAGGGAGCUCUUUCGACGGCGAUACUGGUCUCGUCUCUGGAUUAUCCAAGAGAUCCUUUUCGCUCGUCUAAUUGUAGUCAGAUGCGGGGACCGCUUGGUGGAGUGGGAGAAGCUAUUGGACUUCCAAGUGUGGACACGAUCCCAGCGAUACUUAGUCGUCAAGCACUUCCAACAGGUUUCGGAUAUCUUACAUGUACCUUCGAACGUGCGGAAGAUCUUAGACACGAAAAGAGCGUGGGGGUUAGGUGACGCAUGGAAACAGCCUACGCAAAGCCUAAGACGCGUUCUUUCGGACUAUCGGAUGUUCGAAUGCGUAAAUGAAUUCGACAAGGUUUACGGACUACUUGGACUUGUGACCAAAGGUACGACUGUACCAGUGGACUACGCAAAAGAAACAACGGAAGUUUUUAAGGAUGUUAUAAAGGCAGUAUUGACAGAUGACAGCAUUACAAUGACAGGCUUCCUUGGCUUCAGCUUCACCUUGUGGGGCACCAUCUGCGCUGUAUAUCCAUUAAAUGCUAAGUUAUUUAGCGACACGAUGGUCACAGCCGCCGAAGAGGCCGAGAAUGAUACAUUCGAUACUCGUAAAAAGUUCAUUAUAUAUGAGCAUGAGGAGGCAGAGGUAGAAGCAGCAUCGAAUCAAGUUCGUUUCAGUCUUUCGGAUAUCGUUCUUGCAAUGGACAGUCAUGGCGUUGACCGAUGGACAGACCCAUAUAACAACGUACCGCAGUAA